AUGCAUCUUCCUUGGGUAAUUGCCAGUACUAGUGCUCUGGUGUCUUCAGUUGGUGCUGAAACCAUCCUGGGAGUGACUAUCUACUCCCGCCAUGGUGAUCGCUCCUCCAAGCACUAUCCAGGCUAUAUGUUAACCAACCUGGGUCUCCAGCAAAACUUCCAGGUUGGCUCGGACUACCAUGACCUUUAUAUCUCGUCCGACUCUCCCAAGAAGAUUCUUGGAAUCUCCGGGGACAAAUACGUGCCGUCACAAAUAUCCGCUUCAGCUCCAGAUGAGCCUGUUCUGCUGAACACUGCCACAGCUUUCCUCCAGGGUCUUUAUCCUCCCAUUGAUGCCUCUAUUGCUUCCCAGUCCUUGAAUAAUGGUACCAACUAUACAAACCCACUCGGUGGAUAUCAAUAUGUCGUUCUCCACGGUGAGGAGAAGGAAAGCCCCGACACCAUCUGGAUCAAAGGCGACGACGAGUGCCCCGCCUUCACCGAAGCCAUGGACACUUUCCCUGAGAGCGCUGUAUACCAGGAGAGACUAGAGUCAACCAGAUCAUUCUACCAGCAAUUCUGGCCGGGUAUCCUCGAAAACGUUUACGACCUCUCGGAGGAAGACAUGACAUAUGAAAACGCCUACACUAUCUUCGACCUCAUCAAUGUCGGCACAAUCCACAACAGCUCCAUGAAAGACGCCGUCACCCCAGACCAACUCAUCCAGCUGCGCACCCUCGCCGACAGCGCCGAGUUCAACUCCAACUACAACGCCUCGCAACCGGACCGUUCCAUUGGCGCCCAGACUCUCAACGCAGCUAUCCUAUCUCAUCUCAACGAGACAGUCACUUCCAAAGGAGAUGUCAAGUUCUCCCUCCUUGCUGGGAGCUAUGAUACCAUGCUUGCAUUUUUCGGUCUGAAUGAGCUAACUACUGCAUCAAGUGACUUUUAUGGUCUGCCGGACUAUGCCUCCACGAUGGUCUUUGAGCUUCUAACUAGCGAUGACAAUGUGGAUAGAUUCCCAUCGGAUACGGACUCGCUCAUGGUCCGGUUCUUGUUCCGGAAUGGCUCGGAUGCUGGUGGUGAGCCUACUGCGUUCCGCCUGUUUGGGCGUGAGGAGACUACAAUCUCCUGGAAACAGUUUGUGGCUGAGAUGCAAGGUCGUGCUAUUUCGUCGGUGGCGGAGUGGUGUGAUGUUUGUCGGAGUGAGCAGGACUUUUGUGUGGCUGCUACUGCGGGUGAUGGUAUUUUUUCUGAGAAGGCUGGAAGCAAUGGUGGUGGUUUGUCGAAUGCUGUUUCAGGUGUCAUCGGUGCUAUAGUUACCCUUGGUGUUGUUGGGGCUAUUGCUGCGGUUGCUUUUGUCGUGUUUAGGAAGAGAACUCGUGCUGCUCCUGGAGUUGUAACUCCCGGAACCGUGGAGAAGGGAAACGCCGCUGGUAGAGGUAGUAUUAGCAGCUAG